AACAACUGGGCUAACAUAACGAAUCCAUCCGAUAUUGAUUUCAGCAAUUUUGCGAAUAUAUCGCUCGAAAACUAUAUUUGGGAUGUCGGACGUCGGAGUAAAAUAAUCAUGAUACCAGAAUACAUCUAUAGUACACACGUGCAUGAAGUGUUGAAGACAGAGGAAAAACUCGGAAUUGUUAGAAAUCUAAAAGCCGAGAUAGCUCUUGUUUUUCAUCUAAGGUUAAUUUUGUUUGUACUGUUGGGAAACAUGCCAUAA